AUGAACGCCAUCAUAUCGAUAUUGGGCAAGAGAGCCCUCAAGAGUCUCGACACCGACAAGAUCAAGCCCAACUCUGACAAUCCAUACGAAGAACGAGUCCCGGUUUACAAAAAUGGCCAGAUCGUCAAGUACAAGACCCAGGAGCGGCCAAUCCCGGUCGAAUUGUCAUCAAACGACCAGGCGAUCCUGAAAAAGGUGCGGAAGAGAGCAUAUAAAUGGGACCAGGGCUUCAGGCUCUGCUGCUUCCCCAUGCGGGUUGGCUGGUCCUUUUUCAUUGGCCUGAUUCCUAUCAUCGGUGACUUUGCGGACGCUCUCAUGGCCUUGUGGUUGGUAAAGAAGGCUUCCAAGAUCGACGGUGGUCUACCGGCAACCCUUUACGCCAAAAUGAUCUCCAACAUCGUGUUCGACUUUGCCAUCGGUCUGAUUCCCAUCGUUGGCGACCUUAUCGAUGCUGUCUAUCGAGCAAACACGCGCAACGCCUGGCUACUCCACGUGUACUUGAUGGCAAAGGCUGAAGCGGUCAGGAACGGGAAAGUCUCAGAUCCGGAGACCGGCGAAACCAUUCACUUGUCAGGGAAUGGAGCUGGUCAUGGAGUGCUCCAGCCCUCAACUCGGCCUGCUCAGUCAACUUCUGCCCCGGAAGCAACACACGGACGGGGAUGGGGCUGGAACCGCGGUGGUGGUGGAAGAACGGCUGAACCAGAUCUGGAGUCCGGGAUUGUGGAAGUUCGGCCGGAGCGGGAGCUGCGGGACAACCACGGCGGUCGGGGGACCCCCGAAAGCAAGGCCGGAGAUAAAGUGGUUUUGGUGGGUCCAACACGAGAGGGACGCGGUCUCGACACUUGA